UUGUCCUCAGAGGACCAUAUCAUAUAAAAAGCAAUUUCACAUUUCCGAAACAAAAAGAUGGGAGAAGAUGUCAGCAUGACUAUUUUAAUAGAGUCUUAGUCAAUACUAGAGAAAAAAUCAAAAGAAGCUGGCUAAUGACCCGAGGACUGCAUUGUGAGAGAUGUUUUAUGUUGUUUUCCACCGUGAUUUCUGCUGAAACCUCCGAUUGGUUUUUAUCCUGGAUUUAGUUUGGUUCCAAACCAUACCGACUUCGAUGGCGAGCCUGUCCCAGUGAGUGAUAUUCUACAGAAGGAACGUUUGGACGCAGUGUGGCCAGCUGUGUCGGAUUCUCUUCUGCGGAGUGACUGAACUGAUUUGUAUCCAGACUUUGGAUUCCAUGGAUUCCAGAUAAGGAAACUUGAAUGUGUUUCGGUUUACUACCCGGGUAGAUUGACUUUCUAUUUUUCAGAGGACAAUUUAUUUUGUUUUCCUAUUGUUUUACUAAAAGAAAGAGCUCUAUUUUAUUUUGGGGUAUUUUCUAAUGUGAGACAAAAUCAUUCUGUGAAUAGUGUGUUGCAAAGUGAUUGUGUAAUAAACCUGCCAGCUGUUCUGUUUAAAAAAUUAAGUCUUCUUGUGAGUCUUGUCAAUUACUGCUCAGAGCCUAGGUACUAGAUAUAUAGCUACCAUUCUAAUUCAGGUUAGAGGUGCUACAUAAGCAAGAGAUGGCACUCGCUGAGGCAGAGAGAAACAGGUGGCGAGAUGUGCUUACCAGACUAGUGGCAAUUAUUCAGUCCUUAGCUGAAAGAAACAUUGCUUUAAGGGGAUCCACAGACACAUUAAACAAACCAGACAAUGGCAAUAUUCUUAAAGAGGUGGAGCUAAUGGCCAAAUUUGACCCAAUAAUGAAGCAGCAUGUUGGUAGGGUGGAAAGUGGAGCUGGAAGUCACACACAUUACCUGGGCAAAAGAAUCCAAAAUGAAAUCAUAGACUCAAUAAGCACAAAAAUACUGGAAAAAAUAUUGGAAGAGAUCAAGACCUCAAAGUAUUUCUCCAUCAUUUUAGAUUGCACCCCUGAUCUGAGUCAUAAAGAACAGCUCUCUGUCAUUGUCAGGAUUGUUUCACUGGAAGAAGAAUUGCCACAAAUUAAAGAACAUUUCAUGGGCUUUGUUGUGGCAGAGGAGUCAACCGGGGAAAGUUUUUCUGCUCUCAUCCUCAAAAGACUAGAGGAGCUGAACAUCCCCUUUGAGGACUGCAGAGGACAAUCCUACGAUAAUGGUGCCAACAUGAAGGGAAAGAAUAAAGGUGUUCAGGCUAGGCUGCUUCAACUGAACUCAAGGGCCUUUUUUGUCCCAUGUGGUGCCCACUCCUUAAAUUUGGUGGUAGCUGAUGCUGCUAAGAGCUCACCAGAUGCCAUUGGCUACUUUGGAUAUGUAGCAAAAUUGUUCAAACUCUUCUCAGCCUCCACCCAUAGAUGGGAUAUCCUCCUGAAACACGUCAAAACCACCCUGAAAUCAUGGUCAGAGACCAGGUGGGAAAGCAGGAUAGACAGCAUCCAGGCAGUAAGGUACCAGGCUGGGCAAGUCAGAGAUGCUCUUCUGGAGGUGAGGGAAACUAUUCAAGACCCUGUUGUGAAAGUUGAAGCCCAGUCUUUGGCUAAGGAGAUUGGAUCCUACCGCUUCUCUAUUUGCACAGUCAUUUGGUAUGAUAUUCUCAACAAGAUCCAGCAUGUGAGUAAACAGAUGCAAUCACCCUCCAUGCAGCUAGAUGUGGCAGUUGACAUGCUGAAAAAAAACAGGGAAUCUCUUGACGGCUAGAGAAAUACUGGAUUUUCUAGUGCACAGGCAACAGCCAAGGAAAUGUGUGAGGAGAUGAACGUGGAAGCUGUAAUCAAACAAAAGCGGUUGAGAACCACAAAAAGGCACUUUGGUUACGAGGCUCCAGAUGAGCCUAUUGGUGAUGCACUUAAAAAAUUGGAAACAAAUUUUUUUAAUGUAGUCGUGGAUACAGCCCUCUCUUCACUAGAUGAGAGAUUUCAGACCCUGGCGGAGGUGAAUGACAAAUUUGGAGUUCUCCUCAACUUUCCCAACAUGUCCAAAGAUGGGUUGUUAGAGCACUGUCAAACCCUGAGCACAGCUUUAAGCCAUGAUGGACAGCCAGACAUUGAUGGCAGAGAACUUGUAUUAGAAAUGCAAAACUUUCCACAUCUGCCAUCAAAAAAUAUGACAAACAUUGAGCUCCUGACUUUCCUGCACAAGAAGAAGCUGAUGGAAAUUUUCCCCAAUAUGUGGGUCGCUCUGAGAAUCUUUGCCACUCUACCUGUGACAGUCGCUGCUGCUGAAAGGAGCUUCUCUAAGCUCAAACUGAUUAAAAACUACCUGAGAUCUACAAUGGCUCAAGAACGUCUCAGUGGACUUUCAGUCAUUAGCAUAAAUCAUGUAGUCUCACAGCAGCUGUCUUAUGAUGAUA